GCGGUCGCAAGGCUAGUCAAUAGCAGCUGCACCUGCUCCACAGGCGUUAAGGGACCUUCACGUCUUUCGGUUUCGCUAGCUGGUCGUCUGGGCUGAUUUUGUUUAUAUCGCAACACAAACUGCCCUUUGACACAUGACCUUUCAAACAUCAGUGCCAAAAACUUAAAAGGCUGGAUGAGUGGGCCAACUUUCUCCUCCUCUGGGGAGGUGGAUGAUAUGAACCGCAUCCAUUAUGACCUGGAGUAUACGGAGGGCAUUAGCCAGCGCAUGCGAAUACCCGAGACCCUUAAAGUGGGCCCAGAUGGAGAAAGGGGGCCCAUUCAACUUCAGGAACCCCUACCACCUCACACAGCUCUAAUGCAGGUCCCUGAAAGGAUUGUUGUUGCGGGCGAUGAUGGGGAGCCAUUAUUUACCCGUCCAAGAGACUUGGAUCUCAUUCAGUCAAUCCCGCCUCUGGACCUGCUGAGCAUGAAGGCCCCCCCCCAUGUCCUCACGCUCUCAGAACAGCCGCUGGACUCUCUUGAAAUGGACCACGCUGCAAACUCGCAGAGUAAUCCCAGCCUGGUGGCCAACUUUCAUGCUCGAUCGCGGAGGGAACGCAGUGCAAGUGAGAACAUACCCGGUCGCCACGGCAGUCCCAUGAGGAGAGUUGAUUUAAGCGUAAGCCCGUCUCCUACUGCACCCCCGCUCCGUCUGUGCCCUCCUCUCACUUCCCCUGAAGAUGCAAACAUCACCCUGUUCACAACUACUGGGUUCAUCUCUUACGUCCAGUCAACGACGCGCAGGGCUUACCAGCAGAUCCUGGAAGUCCUGGACGACAGUCACCGCAGGUCACAUCUGGACUUGGCUCUGGACGUCAACCCAGAUGAGUCUGGCCUAGUUGAUGCUUCGUCUCUACGACGACAGAUUGUGAAGCUCAACCGGCGCCUGCAGCUUCUGGAGGAAGAAAACAAAGAGCGCUCCAAGCGAGAGAUGAUCCUCUAUUCUGCCACAGUGGCGUUCUGGCUCAUCAACACCUGGAUCUGGUUACGUCGCUAGAAAGGAGCAGAGAGAGUUUCCCAAAAAUCUGGGAAGCCAAAGCAAUUCCUUGUUAAUGGUUUAGUCAUUAAAUUAGAGCAUGAGCUUUAUUAUUAACGUGUAAAGACAACCAUGGUAAUGUGCAACGCCCUCAACCGCAGUCGGCUGCAAGUCUUACUGGAGGUAAAUUUCUGGAUUUCAAGCUUAGCACAGACGAGGGAGGGCCUGAAGUGGUAAAACAUACUAUAAAAAAUGACAGAGAAAAGCACAGUUACAGCUGAGCUGCAGGUUCAUUCCCGAGCAUUGGUUUAAUAUGUCGUAUCAACUAAAAUACCUACAUUAAAACUGGCAAAAAUAACCUUCAAUCAAAUCUAUAAUUCUGUCUGAGGCGUGGUUGAAGCCAGAACCAGAAUCCAUGUUGAAAGUCACCCAAAAACUAACCCUCCACAGUGAAAGUGUAAGUGUAAGUAAAGUGUAAAAACCCAAAUGAGGCCUGAGCCAGCCUCCUUUACAGUGCACAGCUGAUUAAAUGUGAUAACAGGUGUGGAUGUGGUGGACGGCGGUGAUCCUGGCGUUAAUGUGAAAAAGAUGCAGGUGAAUGUGAUCCCUUUCUGAUCGUAUGAAUUAUGAAACCACAGCGAUCCACACUUUGAAGGGACCGUACACAUACAUACAUACGUAUAUGUCACCGUAGCAGUUUGAAGCUGCAUACGACCCUGAACAACAGUUUGCAGCGUGUUCAUUACUCUUCAGACGGCUUACUAGAUUCAAACAAACUGUGUUUGUGGCUGCUCUUCAGUAGUUGUGUUCAGCCAGAGGGCUCCACUUUUCAGAAACACAUGUUUACAUUAUAAGGAGAAACUAAACAUUGUAAAGUUUACACACAAUGUAUUGUAAAACAAAAGCCCUGAGGAAUAGUCAAAAGAAGUUUUCUGUCUCCAACUGAUGUAUCUAAGAUUAAAAUACCAGUUUUGGCCUCUAAAAAUAAGAUUUAUGCUGGAGAAUCAGAUAAACUCACAGUAGAGCCACGAUCCUCGGGUCGUACUCUCAGACUGGGCUUGGCUACCCUGGAGUCUGACGACCGCAGCAAUAUAACAACCUGUUGAUAGCCGUUUGGCCACUUGAACCAUCUUCACUUUGAGUCUGCUUUGAUCAAAUGUAGCAUUCCCAAGGAGUAAGCAGUUACAGUUGAAUAUGUAAUGUUGCACGUAAUGUUUAUGACAAUACCCCGUAUUCUGGUUUGCAGCUAUGUGGCGUCGUCUCUCAGGCAGUUGACCCCCCCCAUGUUUUCCGUACUUCUGUAGAACAGAGUUUUCAGUUCAAAUCACUGUCGCUGAACAUUUAAAGGUACUGCUCCUUCUGCACACACUGACAGAUAAACCGAGAGCUGACAGAAUAAAAUAGUCACCUGCUGCUGCCAUCCAUGGUCCUGCUGGUUUACCAGAGGAAUAUCAUCCUGAGUUAAAGGCUGUUGGUUUCCUAUAACCCACCUUAGAAAUAUGGAAAGUGGAUGUUAAUAACUGGCCCAUAAAUUGGGUUUUACUGAUAUUCAUGGAUGUGUGAUCUAACUACAAACGGGUUUAAAGUGUGAUUGAACCAUGUAGUUGGAACAUGUUUUGGGCAAACCUUAAAAGUUGUCAUUUCUGUAAAUGAUUAAAUUGUACAAUGCGCCUUUUAAUGUGACUAUGAUGGCCACGCUAAAAUCUCCUCCACAAUCAGACCAAGAGAAGCAUCAAUUUCAGGUCCUUCUAUUAGAUCUGAGCAGAAAUGUUGCAGUUACAAAGACUGUAAAUGGCAGAUAGGCUGUGGGUCUGAAAAUACCACUAAAAACCAUUAAGACUUGAUUAAAAGUGUUUACAGCAAAUCCACAUUUCCCAGGCCAGGAUUCACCUGCAGUCACCCCUCACUUCUAACUAAAACCACUGUGCUAUCCUCACUCAAAAACUGGGUGAGCUCUAUACUGAUUUAUAAGAGUUGGCAUGUAGGUGGAAAACUUAAACUACAUGCCACGUAAACUCAAAAAUCCAUGCUGUAAUAGUCAAAAAGGUAGAUGCAGACACAAACCCACUCUAAAUCCAGUCAGGUGUACUGUGAUCAAUUGCCAAAAUGCCAUAAAGUGACGAUGUUCAGUUAUAAUAUUAUCAGGUCCUUAUCACCACGCUGGCUGCGGUAUCCACAGACAGCAGCUUAUUCAGGGCUAAAUAAUUCAGUAGAUGUGAAAACUGCUGUUGUAAACCAUGAGAGACAAAUCUGCAGAUAUUAGGACAUGAUGUCCACUCAGCUAUUCGCAGUCGUUGCUUGUGAUCAUUUUAGGAACCAAGCUUCAGAAAUGCAUCAUUUACUGCAUUACAGGGUCUGUUCCUGCUGUUCCCUAUAACAUGAAACAAAAGAUGUUGAUUUAGUGGAUUUCUCUUGUGUCUCAGGACACUUAAACUCAAUUAAUGUAAAUCCAAAAUAUCCAAUUUCAUUAUAGUUGAUUUGUUAAAUACCAGUACAUCUAGAAAGCUGUUGAACUUAAUUGAUUUUGACAAAUUUUCCGUUGGAUUUAAUCCCCAUCAUGAGCUACAGGGAAAAGGAGGGGCAGACUGAGCUCUCAGAGUUGAGUCACUGUGGCUGAUCACGUGCUCGGCCUUAUAAAGAACUAAAGAGGUACACCUAAUUUUUAAGUGGGGAUGGCACUACAGUGCCAGUAUGAAGUGAGGGGCGCUUGAGCGCAGUUGGGUUUGUAAAAACAGUAAAAACUCUGCAGUAAUUCAUUUGUGUCUUUUUGUCACCAGGUGGGUGUCACUCAAGCACCACGUCACCUCUGGUGUCACAUGUGUUCCCUCUGUUAUUCCCAAGUAAAUCACAGAAUCUCACUUAUAUCCAGGAACAGUCCCUGCUGUUUGAGGCAGUGGCAGAGAUCCCUGCCGCCAUCGAGGGCUUGUACACUCGUCCCAGCUGUAAAAACGUAUAGCUCCUUACAGCGCGCAUAUGCAGCCUCUGCUAAAAAAAGGCUCUGAAGGCCAUGUGUCGGUCCAACAAAGAGCCGUCUGCCACUUUCUAAACUUGACUUAGUUACACUGAUACUUGUCGUUGAGACAGAGAAACACUUUAACUCCAGAUUAUCAAGGUUUUGCACAGAUGUAUGUUUUGUAACAGAUGUUUUUGGGAGCAUAACCGAAAGCAGGGACUACAGCAACAAGACUGAUUCUUGAACGUGACCAGAUAAUAAGCUCCAUCAGCUUGGACAAAAACUACUAGACAUGAAGUGUCAAAGUCUACAGAUGCCAUAACAUUUAUCCUGAAUGUCCUUGAGUUCCUCAUCACCCAAAGCAUUUGUGUAAAGUACUUGAAUAGCAUAUUCUUCAAAUGCUAUGCCCUUAAUUUGAUUUUUAUACAUCUCUUUAAUAGUCACAUGUCAAUAUUUUGAUGAAGUGGUGACAAAGAAUAUAGAUGUGAUCUGUGGAGUUACUGGUUGUGUUUGUUGUCAAUAUGUAUCACCACGUGUAAUAGAUGUCAAUGUAAAUUAGACAUUGAUUAUCAUUAUUUUUAAACAAAUUAUUUUGUAUUCAAUGCAGGUUUAUUUAUACCUAAGUUAAUGGCAUGGUAGUGUGGAGUUUCGCCCCUCUCAGCAGGAAGGGUAUGUGUUUAAAUCUCAUGUGGGACCUUCCUGUGGGGGGUUGAUGCCACUUUGGGGUUCUCCGGGUAUCCAGGCUUCCCUCCGCAGUCCAAAGGCCUUCAUGUUGACUAUCUGUCUGUGAGCCUUCAUCUAAAUAUGCAUCAUUUGGAGUUGUAGUUUUAAAUUAAACAUUUCUUCUUUUUUGUAAUAUAUGAAUAUAUUCAUUGUAUGUAUAUAUUUUUGCUGUAAUAAAUGAUGGACGUUGA